GUACAAUAGAUGAAAAAGAUGGAGAGCUGGUAUUGUGCUGGAAAAUCAACAGAGGAAAGUAAAGUCAGGUAGAGGAUGGAAGGGGUGCAAUGAGUGAGGGAGGAGAGAAAGAAUAAAGAGAAGCACACAAGAAAAGAAUGCACACAGAACAGAGAAGAGGGGAGGGAAGAGGGAGGGGCUAAGAACAUGGCAAGGUUACACAUGAAAACUGCAGUCUGUUUUCUUCUUUGACACUCUACUCUACUUCAGAAGUAGAGACAGGAAGCUUCAUUUUUGCUCUUAUCUUUGCAAUAUCAGAUUAAAACAUAAAUUAAAAACAGAACGGAAGAACUGAAUGCUAAGGAAGCGAGUACAUUCAUGAUACAGAGAGCCAGGAAAGAAGGAAAGACAGACAAAAGACAGAGAGACUAUGAGAACAAUCAAAUAAACACAGCGGCUACACAUUGGCAGAGUUUACAGGACCAGCUUUGACAUCAGUAAAGUGAGAGAGGAAGAGGGGUGCAACACGGCUUUACGGAAACCGCUUGACAGUUUCAUACGCUGACACAGUUUGAAAAUAGGAAACAGACGGUUAGGAGAAACAGAAAAAAAAGAAAGACAAAAGGAUAAAACAAAGCCCAUUUAAACCAAACCAUGUUGAUGAAAGAAUACCGGAUAUGCAUGCCGCUCACUGUCGAUGAGUACAAGAUCGGCCAGUUAUACAUGAUCAGCAAGCACAGCAGUGAGCAAAGCGGGGGAGGCGAAGGGGUAGAGGUCGUCCGUAAUGAACCCUGCACAGACCCCAAACACGGAGCCGGACAGAUCACAGAGAAACGCAUCUACCUCAACAGCAAACUGCCAACCUGGAUAAGAAAGUUUGUUCCCAUGGCUUUUUAUAUCACAGAAACUGCCUGGAACUUCUACCCUUACACCAUAACAGAGUACACGUGUUCCUUCCUACCGAGGUUCCAUGUCAAGAUUGAGACGAGCUUUGAGAAUGACAACGGUUGCAGUGAAAAUGUGGUUGGUGAUGACCCCACUCCAAAGGACAGUGUCUGCUUUUUGGAUAUUUUGAAUGAUCCAAUCCCUGACAAGCAUUAUAAGAAGGCGGAGGAUCUGAGCAACUGGGUGUCACAGAAAACAGGCCGGGGACCCCUAGUGGAUGGUUGGAGGAACACCACUAAACCCAUCAUGUGCUCCUACAAGAGAGUCACCUGUAGCUUUGAGAUCUACGGCUUCCAGGGACGAACAGAGGACUUCAUUCACAGGAACAUUCGUGACAUUCUGUUGGUGGGACACAGACAGGCAGUGGCAUGGAUUGACGAGUGGCAUGGAAUGACACUCGAGCAGGUGAGAGAGUACGAGAGAAAACAGCAGGAGGACACCAACAGCAAACUCAAGAGUGACAUUACCCGCACAGACUCUGCUCCUCCAAUGCGACCCAGCUUCACUCGCUCCAUCUCUGUUACGGAUGAAUCGUCACUGAAAAAGAUGGGGGUAAAGACUGUAGACAUUCCAGGCUCUCCGUCCUGCCCUUCCUCCCUCAAAAGUCCCGUGAGAUUAAACUCUACCCCGGAAUAACACCCAUCCUCCAUCCUCACACCGCAUCGACCACUGCCAGUACCAACAUUUAGCAAAAUUCUGGACUUGGACAUUCUCUUCUAAUCAAAACUAAAAAGACAUUCAACAUUGUAACUCUCUUGCUCAACAUUCCAACUGGACAUGCUUGUGUUCCAUACAGAGGCUGGCAUUUGACAAAAACACCUUACUGAAGAAUUGUAAAUAUUAUGUAAAAGACUCUGGCUUCUAAUGAAGUGAAACCAUUGUGCCUUAGUUCACGUUUCUCACAGACCUCACCAAAAUGCAUUGAACAAAUGGUCUAUUCCACUGCCUAUGAACAUGAAGGGGAGCACAGACGUACCUGAACACAGAUGAAAAGCCUCUAUUGACAUAAUCAAUAGACUGAUGCAGUGAAACCCGAUCAUAUGGAUUAUGGCAAUCGUGAGCGACUAGCUGAAAUUUCUAGUGGUUUACUGGUUAUAGCCUUUGACCCUGUAUCAAUACAUUGACGGAACGCAAUUGAUUGUUUAGUCGUGCAGCACAUAGCAAGAACAUUAUCAAUAGUACUUUGUGUGAUAAGACUAAAGGCUACAAUGGACUAAGCAUUAUGUGUUAUUUGACAUUGAUAUAACACCUGUCUUUGUAAGAUGCCACUGCGAUAUUCUGUGUUUGUCUCUGGUUAUUCACAUUAAAGGGGAAGUUUGUCAUUUCUGCCAUUAGUUGAACAAACAAGUAGCCCCACCCCAAACUCACAUCAUUAGUUGAUAUGUCAAACCAUUCAGACAAACAUAGGAAUGUUGAAAGUGCCAUAUCAUCACAUAUUUUUCAUCAUAAACUUUCUAAGGGAUGCAUGAUACUCUGGUUCCACACUGGUUAUUAACCUUUUUUUU